AAAUAUCUCAUUCAUUCUUCUCCAACUCUCUCUCUCUCUCUCUCCAAGUUUGUUGCAACUUCAUUCACGUCACGCAGCCUCCAAUCCAUUUUCCUCCGCCGCGUUUCUCGCCGGAAUCUCUCUCUCUCUCUCCGUCACCGAGCAAGCAAAGUAGCAAACUAUCCAAAUGCUAGUCUCAGGAGCAAUUGGUGAUGUCUUGGUGGUGCUUCCGCCUUCAGCAUCACUCCGGUCACCGGAAUUCCGCCAUUUGCAUGCUCCUCCUGUUGUUUCUGACGCCAAGAAUUUUCUCUGCAGUGGCGGAUUCCUUAAAAGUUAUCCUUCAUCUUUUAAUCCUAAACACUACAAUGAACUCUACAAUUCCCGCACUAGAGGCUUAGUUAUGAGAGCAUCGGCAGAUUCAAGUGAUAAUUUGGUGCCUUCUGCUCCUCUCCAAUUUGAGUCACCAGUUGGUCAACUUUUGGGACAAAUUAUGCAAAAUCACUCUCAUCUACUGUCAACAGCCAUUGAUCAGCAACUAGAGAACCUUCAGACUGCCAGAGAUGCCCCUAAAGAAGAAUCUUUUACUUCAUCUCCGGAUCCCCUUUACAAGAGGAUAGCUGAAAUUAAAGAGAAAGAAGAGCGGACAACAUUGGAAGAGAUAAUGUACUGCUCAAUUGUACAUAAAUUUUUUGAAAACAACAUUUCAAUGAUCCCAAAAAUAUCAGCAGCAACAGCAGAUCCUACUGGUCGAGUAGAUUUAUGGCCAAAUCAAGAGAUGAAGCUAGAAGCUGUUCAUUCUCCAGAGGCAUUUGAGAUGAUACAGAGUCACUUAGCUCUGGUACUAGGAGAACGGGGUGUGGGUCCUCUCCAGACAAUUGUUCAGAUCAGCAAAAUCAAACUGGGGAAGUUGUAUGCAGCUUCAAUAAUGUAUGGAUACUUUCUGAAACGAGUUGAUGAGCGGUUUCAACUUGAGAGGUCAAUGGGAACUCUUCCAAAGGACUUGGGUAAAAAAAAUUUAACUUAUGAUGAACCAUCGCCAGGAAUCAAGCUAUGGGAUUCUGAUUCUUUAAUCACCAUGGAUGCUUAUGGAGAAGCUUCUGAUGAAGGGGGUUACAUGGAUACUGAUGAAGGCAACUCACUGAGAGCUUAUGUGACACAGCUGGACGCAGAGGCGCUUCAGAGACUUGCUACCAUACGUUCCAAGGAAGCUAUAUCACUGAUUGAAAAGCAAACUCAGGCCUUGUUUGGAAAGCCUGACAUCCGUGUCUCCGGGGAUGGUUCAAUUGAGACGAGCAAUGAUGAGAUGCUUUCACUCACAUUCUCAGGCUUGGCUAUGCUUGUUCUGGAGGCCGUUGCUUUUGGAUCAUUCUUGUGGGACAAGGAAAACUAUGUUGAAUCCAAGUACCCUUUUCUUAAUAACUAGAAGUCUGUACCAGUAAGGUUUUCCACUACACGUUUACACUGUAAAGAUUGUAAAUUUAAUGCAUGGAAGUUUAUUCCUUUGUUAUCUUUUA